UUGUGUUAGAAGAGUCCAUUUUGCGCUCCAAACACCCCUUAGUUUAGCUUACUUGGUUUGUCCCACGGUGCUUCCUUCAUUCCAUCCCAAGCGUUGUUUGACCCGCUCCCCCUCCGCUGACAGGCAGCUGUCACACAGCCAACAUGUUGUCCCGUUCCCGGUGUCUCUCCAGGAAUAUUGGUCGCUCCCUGUCCGCCAUCCGCCAGGGGAAUAAUGUGUUGGCUCGCAGAGGCGCAGCAGCUUUAUCAACGAUCUACCCUUUCCCUGUCAAGAACACUAUCAAAUCUGAUCCACGUUCCAGCGUCUUCCAAAUCCAAUACUUCAGGACCUCUGUCGCCUACAGAGAUGAAGUCCUCACCAUCAAGACCCCUGCCUUUGCGGAGUCUGUAACAGAAGGGGACGUAAGGUGGGAAAAAGCUGUGGGAGACACUGUUUCAGAGGAUGAGGUGGUGUGCGAAAUAGAGACUGAUAAGACAUCUGUGCAAGUUCCUUCUCCCUCCUCCGGGGUGAUCGUGGAGCUUUUGGUUCCUGAUGGAGGAAAAGUGGAGGGAGGAACGCCUCUCUUCAAACUUCGUAAAGGCCCCGGAGCUCCUCAAGCUGCAGAAGCCCCAAAAGCUGAGGCUCCUCCUGCACCAGCGGCUGCUCCUACACCACCACCCCCUCCUCCCCCCUCAGCUGUUGGCGCCAUUCCCACCACGAUGCCCCCCGUACCACCUGUGCCAACACACGCUAUGGACGCCAAACCAGUUUCAGCUAUCAAGCCCACCACACCGGCAGCUCCUGUGGAAGGAGGAGUGAAAUCAGCCCGCACAGAGAGCAGGGUUAAGAUGAAUCGCAUGAGACUGAGAAUUGCCCAAAGGUUGAAGGAAGCCCAAAACACCUGUGCAAUGUUGACCACCUUUAAUGAGAUUGAUAUGAGCAACAUCUCAGAAAUGAGGAAGACCUACAAAGACGCCUUCCUGAAGAAGCACAACAUCAAGUUGGGCUUCAUGUCUGCGUUUGUGAAGGCAUCUGCCUACGCCCUGACUGAUCAACCCGCCGUCAAUGCCGUCAUUGAUGACACAACCAAAGAGAUUGUGUAUAGAGAUUAUGUUGACAUCAGUGUGGCCGUGGCCACGCCAAAGGGUUUGGUUGUUCCAGUCAUCAGGAAUGUUGAGGGAAUGAAUUUUGCCGACAUUGAGAAGACCAUCAAUAUGUUGGGCGAAAAGGCCCGCAACAACGAGCUGGCCGUCGAAGACAUGGACGGAGGAACCUUCACCAUCAGCAACGGCGGCGUCUUCGGCUCCAUGUUCGGGACGCCUAUCAUCAACCCGCCUCAGUCUGCCAUUUUAGGCAUGCAUGGCAUAUUUGACAGGCCUGUGGCAGUGGCUGGAAAGGUGGAGAUCCGUCCCAUGAUGUACGUCGCCCUGACGUACGACCAUCGCCUCGUCGACGGAAGAGAGGCUGUCACUUUCCUACGGAAGAUCAAGUCCGUGGUGGAGGACCCCAGGGUGUUGUUGCUUGACAUGUAAGCCCCCCUUGGCAGCCCCGACCGACCAACUGAAGCGCCACACCCACCCGUUGGACAUUAUUACUCGAAACGCACACUCGAAAACAUGGAUUUAUUCGACUUUGUUUUUUAGGGGGGAAACAGUUGGGUUGUGCAAUAUAAGGUUGGCAGCGAUAUACGGGUUUGCUACAGAUUUUCGGUCUUUAGAUCAAAUAGUAUAUUCAGUCGUGUAUGUUUGCCAUAUGUCAUUUUCUAAAUACAUGUUCUGCUUACGGUGGGAUGGCAAAAGAAGGUGCAGGGUGAGAGAACAAUACGGAUGCAUUCAGACCAAGGAACACAAAUGUUAUGUCCAAAGCUGAAAACUCUAAUUGAUGCGAUUUCACAACCAUGUGGAACAUUCUCUUUAUGCUCUGGUAGAAUAUUUAAGAAAAAAUUGUUUUAAUAAAAAUCUACAUGACUCAACUAA